AAUAUAGCGGGUGUAUGUAUAUUACGAUGAUAUGAAGAACUAUAUGCCUUUCUCCACUGACCUUAAGGUGUUCAAAGCAUUUCUGAGGAUACUGAUUGUUAGAAGGCAGCUGUUUGACUCGCGAACGGGAACAUGGUUUGUGUAACAUUAGCAACACUUUAUUUGCUGUUUGAUAACAUAGUCAAGCAAAACGCUAAUCAUUUUAAUUACUAUUAUGUGUAUGGCGUUGUAAAAAGCGAUACCAUUGUGCAACGUUUACCUCAAGGUAACAGAGUGGAUAUCAUAGUGAGCUCGUACGAGUGAGUGGAGGCGGGGCUAAUUUGCAUAUUCAUAGAUCCUCGUAUUAUAAAUAAGGCAAGGGUGUAGAGUUACAUUUAAACUAUUUUAAGGCAUGAAGAUUUUUUUUUUUUUUACAGGAAUUUUUUUUUAAAUGUGUCAUUUUGGUGAUCAAAGGUCAGUUUCAAUGGAUAAAAUUAUUGUCUAUGGACUUUGAAUGGCUUAAAUACACAGGAUGAUGAACAUGAUACACAACAUGUGAGCUCUGAUCAGUUAAACAAAUGAAUAAAUGACAACUAAGUAAAUAGGACUAAACACACUGGAACUGAACACAGGCAAAAUAAGACAUAUGAAUACCUAAAUAAAAGUCCAUGGACACAGAGAGGAAUUUGUGACACUUUUUUUUUUUUUCUUUUUUUCUAGUGAUAAAGCAUGUAAGCUCUUACAUGCUUUAUCACUAGAAAAAAUAAAAAAUAAAAACUGAAAUAACCCAUUAAAUAUGAAAAUAUUAUGCAAUCAUUUAAAAUGUUUUUCCCUGUGAAACCUUUUUUGAUGUAAAGGGUUCAUUAAAACCGUUCUAUAUAGAAUCCCAUUGAACCUUUUUUCUAUGAUCUAGCGAUGAAUCCACUUGUUAGGUUAUUAAUAGGUUGAGAAUAUGUUAGAAUUACAUUUUUCUGUGGGCUAAAAGUGGGAGGUGGUUUACACAAACACAAAUAAAAAUAAAAUAAAAAUAGUAUCAAUAAUAAAAAUACAGACAAUUUCGUAGACCAGAAUAUACAGCACCAUUUGUCAAAAUGAUUAAUUUUAUAAAGUAUGUUUAUUGUUAUGUUAUCUGAAGUAGCGGUGAGAUAAAGAGCAUUCAUUAUAUGUUCAUUAUACAUAAUCUGAAGGGUUCAAGGUGAUGUAUCAUGUUCAGCUGUUGUUCAGAUGGUCAUUGUAUAAUCUGUAAACAUUGUUGAUAAACAGUGCUUUGUCACUGAUGGCCAUAAAACAAUUUGAUAUAUAAUAAUAAAUUGAUUCUGAUUAAAUAAGAAUUGAUUACAAAAAUGAAUCAUACCAGGGCACUGCAAAUAAACAGAUAUCUAAUUAUAAACACCACAUCAUGUUGAUGUUGUGUCGAAUAAGUUUUAUUACUGUGUGAGUGUGUGAGUGCAUGUGUAUGAGAUUUGAGUGACAGGGUGGUCGUUUUUUGUGAUGUGGGGGGUGAACGGUGACAUUGUCCCCCCUCGCUGUCACGUGCUGUGGAAUAUGCUGGCUGCCUUUGUCAGCCUGUGACUCGUUCUGCUUUUCUGGCAGUUUCAUACAAUGGUGCCCUCAUGCACUAUGAUGUUAUCAAGCCCCUCACAGUACGACUGCUGGAAUUCAGGCCUGCAUGGAAGCAUCCUUACCUGGGACACAUGGAUAGCACAACCUUGAGACACAGCACACACUCAUAGCAAGGAGGACACCAGGAGUCAAAUAUCAGGAUGUCUCUCAGAACAGAAGGGGCCCAGAGUGGUGGUUUUGCUGUGGAGUUUGACAAUGAUAAUGACAGAGAUUCACCUGUGAUCAAAGCCACGAACAUACCACGUUUAGCCCUCAUCUACCUCAAGGGUCCCAAGUUCCUCAUCUAUGUGAGCGGAGCAUUAUCUAUGUGGGGUGAUCGGAUGUGGCACUUCGCCAUCUCUGUCUUCCUGAUUGAGCUGUAUGGUCGUAACCUGCUGUUAACUGGCAUCUUUGGACUGGUGGUGGCCGGAUCGGUGCUUUUACUAGGGGCUUUGAUUGGAGAUUGGGUUGACCGCAACCCAAGAAACAAAGUGGCCCAUGCAUCCCUGUUCAUUCAGAAUAUCUCAGUGACCAUCUGCAGCAUUGUACUCAUGUUGGUGUUCUCGUAUAAAAAGAGGAUUGAGGAAAUCUGGGAUGGGUGGCUAACUGUGGUUUGUUAUACGGUGGUGAUCGUCCUGGCAGAUGUGGCGAACCUCGCCAGCACAGCUCUCACCAUUGCCAUCCAGAGGGAUUGGAUAGUGGUGAUCACAGGCUACAACCGUGGUCACCUCGCAGGAAUGAAUGCUACAAUGAGGCGGAUCGAUCAGGUGACCAACAUCCUGGCUCCUCUGGCGGUGGGUCAGGUAAUGACCCUGGCCUCAAAUGUGGUUGGCUGUGGCUUCAUCUUAGGAUGGAAUCUGGUGUCCCUCAUUGUGGAGUUCUUCUUCCUCUCCAGAGUCUACCGUAUCGUACCGGCUCUGUCUAUCAAACCACCAGCAAUGGAACAUCAAAGCUAUUUAGAGAAGAAAAGAGAAAGAAAAUCCUCAGAAGGCAGGACCUCAGCAUGCACAACUGGAGCCAUCUCAGAGGAAAGCACCAGCAACCUGCAUUUACAAGAACUAACCCGAAUACCAUUGUGCCUCCAUCGCCUGCGUGGGCUCCUCAGCACCUGUCGGGAAGGAUGGAGGGCAUAUUACAGACAGCCUGUUUUCCUAGCCGGCCUGGGCCUGGCCUUCCUUUACACCACAGUGCUAGGUUUUGACUGCAUCACCACUGGCUACGCCUACACCCAGGGAGUCAGCGGCUCACUGCUCAGCAUACUGAUGGGCGUGUCGGCUGUGGCGGGGCUUCUGGGUACUGUCCUUUUCACAAAGCUGCGGAAAGCAUAUGGCCUGGUCAACACUGGGGUCAUUUCUAGCGGUCUGCACCUAGUUUGCCUGUUGCUUUGUGUGUGCUCUGUGUUUGCCCCCGGCAGCCCCAUGGACUUCAGCAUACUAAAUAUGGGGAAUGCGUCAGAUGUGGGAGGAAUGACCGGAGGUCACCAGAGGCACGGAUACCCACUGCGUGGAGGCAAUAACCAGCCUCUGCUACCAGACCGUUCCUCCAUUCACUGGACCAAUAACACUGUGCUGUUUGAGAACGCACCAGCAGGGUCAGAACCGGAGUCUUACAUCUCCAUUAUACUGCUGUUCCUUGGAGUCAUUACAGCUCGAGUUGGUCUGUGGUCCUUCGACCUGACAGUGACUCAGCUCUUGCAGGAGACCAUAUGUGAAUCAGAGCGUGGGGUGGUGAAUGGAGUCCAGAGUUCUAUGAAUUACCUGAUGGACCUGCUGCACUUCCUCAUGGUCAUCUCUGCACCCCAGCCACAACACUUCGGCCUCCUUGUCAUCAUCUCCGUCCUGUUCAUUUUCACGGGACACACCAUGUACUUCCUGUACGCCAGGAAAGCCAAGAGAAAACCACGUACAAACACAUAAGCAACACAAAUUUCUCUUUUGCUCACCAGCUUGUGAAUGUGUCUCUAUUUCUUGCGCUGUGACAUGUGUGUUGAGUUGCACUUACACAAAACUCAUUAUAUACAUUUUAUAUUGAAAAAAGCUGUCGCUGUGAUCUCUUGUAACUGGAAAGGGUUUGGCAGCAGCGCAGUACUCAGGUGAACAUAACCAGGAAACAGCGCCUCCUGUUGACAGUCAAAAGAAAUACCAUCAUAGUUAGAGAGCCAAGCUCUCCUGGAAGUUAAUAAGUGUCUUAAAAUGCUCAGCAUUACAACAAGAACAUGACUGAACAUAGCUGACACAGGAUGUUUUCAUGGAUUAUUAGCUAAGCAAACACCUUUUUUUGUAAUUAUUCUCACAUUUGUCAGCUAACCAGAAACAGCAAGCUGCCAGUAGUUUUUAAUAAAACGCCAGUAAAAUGUC